ACACAGAUACGGAUAAUUAAGUCUCCUUAAUUAUCUUGGGCUUUGAUUUGCAUUUUGAAAUAUGGAAACUAAGACUAACGUUUCCUUGGUGUUCCUAGUUGUUUCAGGCAUAGUUAUGGUGUUUUUCUCAGUCCCAGCCAAGGCAGACGAUGGACUUAAAGAAACCAACAUGACUGUCUACUUCCACGACUACUCCUCAGGCGGUCCCAACUCCACUGACCUUCCAGUCGUAGGCUUUCCUGGCAAGCUUUGGAAUUUCACCCAAUUCGGAACACUUUAUGUGGUUGACGACCUCGUUACAGAAGGUCCGGAACUAACAUCAGCGACAGUUGGACGCGGCCAAGGUACAUAUGUCAUUACAAGUUUGGAUGGCCUCAACGCUUAUGUCUCCUUUUCAUUGGUCUUCACCAACAUGGCCUACAACGGUAGCACUAUCCAGAUACUAGGAAACAACAACCAAUUUAAGGCCGUCAGAGAAUAUAGUGUGGCUUCAGGGACUGGCAAAUUCCGCUAUGCCACGGGCUAUGCUACCUUCGAAACUAUUUUCUUGGACCAGUCUACUUCUUACUCAAUUCUCCGUGUCAAUGUUUCAGCCCGUCAUUACUAGUUCAAUGUUGUAUGAUUGGCAAAAUUCAAAUUAUACGGGAUGAUAUUUUUGUCUUAAUUUACACGUUUCAACUUUGUACAAGAAUAAUAUAUAUAUUCUAAUUACAUCCAAAAGCAAAAAUAUAUAACAAAUAAUAUGUUGCAUUUUGUAAUAAGUUAGUUUUUGAAUUUGUCAAUGAAAAUUAAUUGAACAA